UGUCUGUCUGUUUCUAACACACUAACGUUAGGUUAACGUUACAUGGUAACGUAGCGUAUGCUGCUAGCCAGUUUAUAUCAUUGUCAGCUAGCGAGCUAUCACUAGCAUCAAUCUACAGUGUUACGUUAGUCUAUACAAUUAUGUUGAGUGACUCAUGAUUACAAAACCGUAUCACGGUCGUGCCCAACAAGUGAGUAUUUUCCUGCAGGGGCUUCAAUGGGACAUGCCAGGACGUCAGGGCUGUUUAGCGUUAGCUUUGACUUUUUGUCUCUGAAUGGGGUUUCCACUAGUUAUCACAGCCACAAAGUUUUAAUUAUGGCUAAAGUUUACCCUGCCUAUUUCUCAAAUGUAUCUUCUUAAAAUCAGAUUUUAAACCUAACAUUAACCACACUGCUAACCUUAUGCCUAACCCUAACUGUAAAUUAAGACCAGACAUUUUUGUUUUCAUUAAUUUCUACGUUGUAGCCAGUAACAACCAUCUGAAUGGGCUUGCUAUCGUUUGCACUUUCCAUUCUGUAAUCUUACCUAGCUAACGUUAGCUGUCUGAGUUAUUGUUUAGGUAGCUAGCUAUAUCUUACCUUUACUUUUCAACAGUUUUAGGCAGCUAGCUAACAUAAAGGAAAGAGUGGACAAAGACGAGGAGCGGGACACCAAUACAUUCUACAGAGAUGGGUGCUGUUGUUUCCCGGUGGAAGGUAACUAUAUGCACGUUAAACAAGUCCGUAACAUUAGGAUUAUUAUAGCUACACUAGCUAUCUAAGGAUUCUAGCGACGCUGGUUUAUAAGCGCGGAUAUCGACUCUGCCACUUGAGCAUGCUUUUUUUGGCACAGUCGAUGGCUCGCUGGGCUUCGGGCCAGAAGGUUGAGGGUUAGAGCCGCACUCCUGUUUCAUUACAUUGGUGUCAGAUGUGGGAACCCUUAAUCUUCUGGCCCAGCAGUCCAUCGACUGUGCCACAACAGCAUGCUCAUGUGGCAGAGUCGAUAUCUGAGCUUAUUAAAAUGUUUACUUUUACCAUUAUUUAACUAGGCAAGUCAGUUAAGAACAAAUUCUUAUUUACAAUGACGGCCUACACCAGCCAAACCCAGACGACGCUGGGCCAAUUGUGCGCCGCCCUAUGGGACUCCCAAUCACGGCCGGUUGUGAUACAGCCUGGAAUCGAACCAGUUAGACCGCUGCGCCACAUACAUCUGGAGAAUAUGUCUACUCAACGGCCUAACUAGCUAGCUACCAACCCAAUGCUCCCUUAGCAUUUCAAGCUUUCAGUUUAAUGCAAUCAAGUAGCCUACAUCACUGACUAGUCAACUAUACUGUACUGUCUGGCUAGUUUCAAAAUGGAAUUGAGCCAAUGUUUUUGGCGUUGUUUGAGGGCAUGCAUGAUGUGUUGAAGUUACAGAUGUUUAUAAUAUCUAUUAUAGGGACAGUUGUCUUUUAUACAUAUUAGCCUAGUUACCUUUUAUAUUAAGAGAGAGCAAAAACAUUGCAUUCAGCACACACAUAUGGUCCUAGCCAUUUGUUUUGUGAUUCAGAAGUAAAUUGUAUCUAAUCUUCGAACAGGCUAAACCAACGACGGUUGAACUUCUAGAAGGCAUUGACAAGGUAAGUAUUAGGUUAAAUAUUGCUAUAAUCCCUACUUUUCAACAUUAUAUAGGCUUCUGGUAUUAAAAACAGUUUCUACAGUCAAUAUACAUUUACAUUUUAGUCAUUUAGCAGAUGCUCUUAUCCAGAGCGACUUACAUGAGCAAUUAGGGUUAAGUGCCUUGCUUAAGGGCACAUCGACAGAUUUUUCACCUAGUCGGCUCGGGGAUUAGAACCAGCGACCUUUCGGUUACUGGCACAACGCUCUUACCCACUAAGCUACCUACAGGACCAAGCUUCUCCCGCAGUCCUGUCCAUGAGCUUCAUCUUGUAUCCCCCUGUAAUUAUCAGUCAGGCAGUGAUCUGUUUUGAUAUUUUAGUGAUAGGCACAGAUGUCUACAACUCUGACUUUGGCCAGCACAUUGGCCGUCAGAUACUAGGAAAGAGGUUAUACUUUUUUGAGAAGAAUUAGAAGAAACAAAGCUUGACAUUUUACAAAACCCUUUUCAUGUGUAGCAUAAGGCUGGGUUAAUACUCUGGCAUUACCCAAGCAUUCCAUAAUUUAAUAUAAUCAAACUAUAGUGACCUGUUUUCUUUUUAAAAAUACUUGUCAUGGCAUUUUGUUGUCUUUUCAGGAUAUUAAGGACCUUGAGGAAUUUAGAGCGAAGAAUCAGAGACUGGAGAAGUUGUGGGUGGGAAGACUACUUCUGUAUUCAUCUGUGCUCUAUCUUAUUACUUGCAUAAGUGUUUACUUCUGGUAUCUCCCCGAACAAUGGACAGGACGCAUCGUGAUGACUUUGCCCUUAUUUUUAUUUCCUAUAUUGUAAGUAUAGCCUACUCUGUCCUCUGUCACACAUAACCUUAAAAGGGCAAUCUGGGAUAACAGCUGAGCCAUGGGACUGGAGGAAUGUACCCACUCUCAAAUUCAUAGACGGCACUGAUCAAAAUCAUGUUUUAUAGCUAUACAGUGUUGGUUUGAAAUUACAUUGUUUACAAACAUGGUAAAUAAGGCAUUCAUAAGUUGUAUUCUUCAAGAAUCAAUCAAUGGCUGUCCUUUAUUUAAAAGUAAAAAAAUGUAUGCACUAAUUCCAGAUUGCCUCUUUAAGUAUGUAUACUAUUAUGUGCAUGUAGCUUACUUUGUAAAGAUGUUUGUUGGCAGUUCAAAAGUACCUCGGGGCACAUAAGUCAGAGAAGAUGCCGAGCAUCCACACAUUUUUCAUUAACAUGAAAUCUCCCAAGCACAGACAGAUGUUUUAUAUUUAUUGUUUCAAUCAAUAUUUCAUCUUAUUCCACAACUGUUCUGGUUUUGUGUAUCUAAUGCCAAAGUUACUUUUCAAUAUGUAGGCCUAUGCUACUCAUUCAGGUCAUCAAAAUGUCCCGCCAAGUAAAAACACCACCACAUAAUCUUCAAAGUGAAGAGUCUUCUGUAUUGUUCCAUUGAUCACAAAUUGCUUUACCACAGAAAGUGAUGCUCUCUCUGAACUGCUUUUCUGAGUAACUAUUCAACAAUGGAAGACUGUUUCUGCUGCAUUCUAAUAUUCCUGAUUGCUUUUCAGAGUGUGGUUUAUGAGGAAGCUGCUGAUAUUCCUUUUCUCAAAGCGAACAGAAAGAAACAGUAAGGCUUCUCUUAUUUUAAAUUGUAUAUUUUUUAUUGGCCCAUCCACCACCACAUUUUUGUUUUUACAAACAUAGGAUUCUCUUCUUUACAUUAAGUUUAGCUUGUCUUGUUUUGAAUUGCAAGUCAUUGUAAAAAAAAAUAAUAUGUACAGUACCAGUCAAAAGUUUGGACACACCUACUCAUUCAAGGGUUUUCCUUAUUUUCUUUACUAUUUUCUACAUUGUAGAAUAAUAGUGAAGACAUCAAAACUAUGAAAUAACACAUUUACAUUUUAGUAAUUUAGCAGACGCUCUUAUCCAGAGCGACUUACAGUUAGUGAGUGCAUACAUUUUUCAUACUGGCCCCCCGUGGGAAACGAACCCACAAACCUGGCGUUGCAAGCGCCAUGCUCUACCAACUGAGCUACAGGACUAAUCAGGUAACACAUAUGGAAUCAUGUAGUAACCAAAAAGUGUUCAACAAAUCAAAAUAUAUUUUAUAUUUGAGAUUCUUCAAAGUAGCCACCCUUUGUCUUGAUGACAGCUUUGCACACUCUUGGCAUUCUCUCAACCAGCUUCAUGAGGUAGUCACCUGUAAUGCAUUUAAAUUAACAGGUGUGCCUUCUUAAAAGUUAAUUUGUGGAAUUUCUUUCCUUAAUACGUUUGAGCCAAUCAGUUGUGUUGUGACAAGGUAUGGGUGGUAUACAGAAGAUAGCCUUAUUUGGUAAAAGACCAAGUCCAUAUUAUGGCAAGAACAGCUCAAAUAAGCAUUACUUUAAGACAUGAAGGUCAGUCAAUACGGAACAUUUCAAGAACUUUGAAAGUUUCUCCAAGUGCAGUCGCAAAAACCAUCAAGCGCUAUGAUGAAACUGGCUCUCAUGAGUACCACCACAGGAAAGGAAGACCCAGAGUUACCUCUGCUGCAAAGGAUACGUUCAUUAGAGUUAACUGCACCUCAGAUUGCAGCCCAAAUAAAUGCUUCACAGAGUUCAAGUAACAGACACAUCUCAACAUCUACUGUUCAGAGGAGACUGCAUGAAUCAGGCCUUCAUGGUCGAAUUGCUGCAAAGAAACCACUACUAAAGGACACCAAUAAGAAGAAGAUACUUGCUUGGGCCAAGAAACACGAGCAAUGGACAUUAGAACGGUGGAAUUCUGUCCUUUGGUCUGAUUAGUCCAAAUUUGAGAUAUUUGGUUCCAACCGCCAUGUCUUUGUUAGACGCAGAGUAGGUGAACGGAUGAUCUCCGCAUGUGUGAUUCCCACCGGGAAGCAUGGAGGAGGGGGUGUGAUGGUGUGGGGGUGCUUUGCUGUUGACACUGUGAUUUAUUUAGAAUUCAAGGCACACUUAACGAGCAUGGGUACCAAAGCAUUCUGCAGCGAUACGCCAUCCCAUCUGGUUUGCGCUUAGUGGGACUUUCACUUGUUUUUCAACAGGACAAUGACACAACACACCUCCAGGCUGUGUAAGGGCUAUUUGACCAAGAAAGAGAGUGAUGGAGUGCUGCGUCAGAUGAUCUGGCCUCCACAAUCACCCAACCUCAACCCAAUUGAGAUGGUUUAGGAUGAGUUGGACCGCAGAGUGAAGGAAAAGCAGCCAACAAGUGCUCAGCAUAAUUGGGAACAACUUCAAGACUGUUGGAAAAGCAUUCCAGGUGAAGCUGUUUGAGAGAAUGCCAAGAGUGUGCAAAGCUGUAAUCAAGGCAAAGGGUGACUAACACUUUUUUGGUUUCUAUAUGAUUCCAUAUGUGUUAUUUCAUAGUUUUGAUGUCUUCACUAUUAUUCUACAAUGUAGAAAAUAGUAACAAAUAAAGAAACCCUUGAAUGUAGGUGUGUCCAAAUGUUUCACUGGUACUGUGUGUAUAUGUGUAUAUAUAUAUAUAUAUAUAUAUAUAUAUAUAUAUAUAUAUAUAUAUAUAUAUAUAUAUAUACACACACACACACACACACACACAGUGGGGAGAACAAGUAUUUGAUACACUGCUGAUUUUGCAGGUUUUCCUACUUACGAAGCUUGUAGAGGUCUGUAAUUUUUAUCAUAGGUACACUUCAACUGUGAGAGACGGAAUCUAAAACAAAAAUCCAGAAAAUCACAUUGUAUGAUUUUUAAGUAAUGAAUUUGCAUUUUAUUGCAUGACAUAAGUAUUUGAUACAUCAGAAAAGCAUAACUUAAUAUUUGGUACAGAAACCUUUGUUUGCAAUUACAGAGAUCAAACGUUUCCUGUAGGUCUUGACCAGGUUUGCACACACUGCAGCAGGGAUUUUGGCCCACUCCUCCAUACAGACCUUCUCCAGAUCCUUCAGGUUUCGGGGCUGUCGCUGGGCAAUACGGACUUUCAGCACUCUCCAAAGAUUUUCUAUUGGGUUCAGGUCUGGAGACUGGCUAGGCCACUCCAGGACCUUGAGAUGCUUCUUACGGAGCCACUCCAUAGUUGCCCCGGCUGUGUGUUUCGGGUCGUUGUCAUGCUGGAAGACCCAGCCAUGACCCAUCUUCAAUGCUCUUACUGAGGGAAGGUUGUUGGCCAAGAUCUCGCGAUACAUGGCCCCAUCCAUCCUCCCCUCAAUACGGUGCAGUCGUCCUGUCCCUUUUGCAGAAAAGCAUCCCCAAAGAAUUAUGUUUCCACCUACAUGCUUCAUGGUUGGGAUGGUGUUCUUGCCGUUGUACUCAUCCUUCUUCUUCCUCCAAACACGGCGAGUGGAGUUUAGACCAAAAAGCUCUAUUUUUGUCUCAUCAGACCACAUGACCUUCUCCCAUUCCUCCUCUGGGUCAUCCAGAUGGUCAUUGGCAAACUUCAGACGGGCCUGGACAUGCGCUGGCUUGAGCAGGGGGACCUUGCGUGCACUGCAGGAUUUUAAUCCUUGACGGCGUAGUGUGUUACUAAUGGUUUUCUUUGAGACUGUGGUCCCAGCUCUCUUCAGGUCAUUGACCAGGUCCUGCCGUGUAGUUCUGGGCUGAUCCAUCACCUUCCUCAUGAUCAUUGAUGCCCCACGAGGUGAGAUCUUGCAUGGAGCCCCAGACUGAGGGUGAUUGACCGUCAUGUUGAACUUCUUCCAUUUUCUAAUAAUUGCGCCAACAGUUGUUGCCUUCUCACCAAGCUGCUUGCCUAUUGUCCUGUAGCCCAUCCCAGCCUUGUGCAGGUCUACAAUUGUAUCCCAGAUGUCCUUACACAGCUCUCUGGUCUUGGCCAUUGUGGAGAGGUUGGAGUCUGUUUGAUUGAGUGUGUGGACAGGUGUCUUUUAUACAGGUAACGAGUUCAAACAGGUGCAGUUAAUACAGGUAUUGAGUGGAGAACAGGAGGGCUUCUUAAAGAAAAACUAACAGGUCUGUGAGAGACGGAAUUCUUACUGGUUGGUAGGUGAUCAAAUACUUAUGUCAUGCAAUAAAAUGCAAAUUAAUUACUUAAAAAUCAUACAAUGUGAUUUUCUGGAUUUUUGUUUUAGAUUCCGUCUCUCACGGUUGAAGUGUACCUAUGAUAAAAAUUACAGACCUCUACAUGCUUUGUAAGUAGGAAAACCUGCAAAAUCGGCAGUGUAUCAAAUACUUGUUCUCCCCACUGUAUAUAUAUUAAUGUAAAUGUCUCUUAAAAUGCAGAUGUUUGAAAAUGCAUGUGUGUUUCAUGACAAAUACUCAACAACGCAUGCCUCGUCACUUUUGUUUCAGAUGACAAACUAGAAGAUUUAAAAGUUGGAAAAAGAAAAAUCGUAAGUGUAGAUUUUUAUAUCUUCCAAUUAUUUUUAUAUCAUUCAGGGCAGGGCUGGUUUCCUGGGCACAACUUAAUCCUAGUCCUCGACUAAAAAGCAUGCUCAAUGGAGAAACCAGCCCUUAGUGUUUUGAAGUAAACGUGUCAUUGUCAUUGAUCCAGAGCUGAUAUCUUAAUGACACAAUGACACUUUCCCUGAUUGCCUUUUAAUAGUCCUAAACGUUUAAUCAUGUCUGGAGCUCCUUGCACAACUCUCAUGCGCUCUGACCUUUGAAACCCAUUAUGAUGUAAUUUGUGCUGAUCUAUGCAUAAUACACCCCUGUGACCCAAACCCUAAUUCCCAGUGCUAAGAAAUUAUCUAAAAUCAAUGCAGACAGCAGGCUAAUUGGCAGAGAGACUGUGUUCAAUAAAGCGCUCCCUUAACGAUACUUUGUAAAUUAAUAGCAGUAAGCAUUUAGAGGAUGUCAUGUCUAAUAACUUCCAAUAAUUGUGGCUGAUGGAUUUUCACACCCCAUUAUCGAUAUUGCUGCGUGUUAUUAUUUAUCUUCUACUAGCAAACAAUUCACACUGGUGUUUUCCUGAUGCAAAUUUGAAUUGCAAACCAUAUGGUUGCUGACUUGCAAAAUCAGAAUUUCCUUACUUGGCAGUUUUGGUGUUCACGAACAGAGUUUUUUCUGCCACAGAGUACACAUUUUCGGUUACAACAAAUGAAACCACUAGGAUAAUGGUAUAAGCGUAAAAUUAUUUUUAAAUCCUGUUGUAAGGUAUUUCCCCUAUGAUUUACUAUUAGUGUUUAUCAUGUUAUUGUAGCUUUUGUGUAUUUAAAAAGGUCAUAAAAAAUAUUUGCUCUGCUAGGGUUGCAAAGCUACCGGAAAUUUACCAAAAUUACCGGAGUCUUCUGUAAUUUUGGUAAUUAACAGGUAAUCUAUGGCAAGCAAUGGUGACUUUGGUAAUUUGUACUUGUAUUCAUUUUUGUAUAUCUGUGUCCAUAUUGUCCUUGAGUUUCUAGUGGAUAGACCAUAUGGUUCAAGAGAAAAUUGCCUAAUUAAUGAAAAAAGCAUCUACAAUGACAUUAUUUUCAAUUAACUCUGCAACUCUUCCAACUAUUGACUUUUCUCACAACAUUUACAACAAAGACAUAGUAAAAUAAAGGUAUAUUAACAAAUAUAUCAAUGCUGAAACCCUCAUAGUAAACAAACGGUAUUCACUUAGUUGAUGGUUUACAUAUUUGUAUAUAUUUUGUGCAAAGGCCACACAGAGAUAGACACCUGUGAUAAUCUGAAGUACCCCAAAAAGCCACUAGAUGUUUUCUGAUAUACACUUAACAAAAAUAUAAGCACAACAUGCAACAAUUUGAAAGAUUUAACUGAGUUAAAGUUACUAAGGAAAUCGGUCAAUUAAAAUAAAUGCAUUAUGCCCUAAUCUAUGUAUAUCACAUGACUGGGAAUACAGAUAUGCAUCUGUUGGGCACAUAAUUUUUUUUUUUUAAAUAGGGGCAUGGAUCAGAAAACCAGUCAGUAUCUGAUGUAACCACCAUUUGCCUCAUGCAGCGCGACAUCUCCUUCGUCUACAGUUGAUCAUGCUGUUGAUUGAGGCCUGUGGAAUGUUGUCCCACUCCUCUUCAAUGACUGUGCGAAGUUGCUGGAUAUUGGCGGGAACUGGAACGCGCUGUUGUACACGUCGAUCCAGAGCAUCCCAAACAUGCUCAAUGGGUGGCAUGUCUGGUGAGUAGGCCAUGGAAGAACUGGGACAUUUUCAGCUUCCAGGAAUUGUGUACAGAUCCUUGUGACACAGUGCUGUGCAUUAUCAUGCUGAAACAUGAGGGGUUGGCGGCGGAUGAAUGGUACGACAAUGGGCCUCAGGAUCUCGUCACGGUAUCUGUGCAUUCAAUUUGCCAUUGAUAAAAUGCAGUUGUAUACGUUGUCUGCCCAUACCAUAACCCCACCGCCACCAUGGGGCACUCUGUUCACAACGUUGACAUCAGCAAACCGCUCGCCCACACGACGCCAUACUGCCGUAUGCCCAGUACAGUUGAAACCGGGAUUCAUCUGUGAAGAGCACACUUCUCCAGCGUGCCAGUGGCUGUCAAAGGUGAGCAUUUGCCCUAUGAAGUCAGUUACAAUGCCGAACUGCAGUCAGGUCAAGACCCUGGUGAGGACGACGAGCACGCAGAUGAGCUUCCCUUAGAAGGUUUCUGACAGUUGGUGCAGAAAUUAUUCGGUUGUGCAAACCCACAGUUUCAUCAGCUGUCCAGGUGGCUGGUCUCAGACAAUCCCGCAGGUGAAGAAGCCAGAUGAGGAGGUCCUUGGCUGGCAUGGUUACAUGUGGUCUGCGGUUGUGAGGCUGGUUGGACUUACUACCAAAUACUCUAAAAUGACGUUGGAGGCGGCUUAUGGUAGAUAAAUGAACAUUCAAUUCUCUGGCAACAGGUCUGGUGGAAAUUUCUGCAAUCAGCAUGCCAGUUGCACGCUCCGUCAAAACUGCACAUUUUAGAGUGGCCUUUUAUUGUCCCCCGCACAAGGUGCACUUGUGUAAUGUUCAUGCUGUUUAAUCAGCUUCUUGAUAUGCCACACCUGUCAGGUGGAUGGAUUAUCUUGGCAAAGGAGAAAUGCUCACCAACAGGGAUGUAAACAAAUUUCUGCACAACAUUUGAGAGAAAUAAACAUUUUGUGUGUAUAGAACAUUUCUGGGAUGUUUUAUUUCAGCUCAUGAAAAAUUGGACAAACACUUUAAAUGUUGCGUUUUUAUUUUUGUUCAGUAUUACAUUUACAUUUACGUCAUUUAGCAGACGCUCUUAUCCAGAGCGACUUACAGUUAGUGAAUACAUUUGUUUUUUGUUUUGUUUUUUUAUACUGGUAUGUAUGUAUGUAUACAGUGGGGAGAACAAGUAUUUGAUACACUGCCGAUUUUUCAGGUUUUCCUACUUACAAAGCAUGUAGAGGUCUGUAAUUUUUUAUCAUAGGUACACUUCAACUGAGAGAUGGAAUCUAAAACAAAAAUUCAGAAAAUCACAUUGUAUGAUUUUUAAGUAAUUAAUUAGCAUUUUAUUGCAUGACAUAAGUAUUUGAUCACCUACCAACCAGUAAGAAUUCCGGCUCUCACAGACCUGUUAGUUUUUCUUUAAGAAGCCCUCCUGUUCUCCACUCAUUACCUGUAUUAACUAGACCUGUUUGAACUCGUUACCUGUAUAAAAUACCUGUCCACACACUCAAUCAAACAGACUCCAACCUCCCCACAAUGGCCAAGACCAGAGAGCAGUGUAAGGACAUCAGGGAUAAAAUUGUAGACCUGCACAAGGCUGGGAUGGGCUACAGGACAAUAGGCAAGCAGCUUGGUGAGAAGGCAACAAGUGUUGGCGUAAUUAUUAGAAAAUGGUUCAAGAUGACGGUCAAUCACCCUCGGUCUGGGGCUCCAUGCAAGAUCUCACCUUGUGGGGCAUCAAUGAUCAUGAGGAAGGUGAGGGAUCAGCCCAGAUCUACACGGCAGGACCUGGUCAAUGACCUGAAGAGAGCUGGGACCACAGUCUCAAAGAAAACCAUUAGUAACACACUACGCCGUCAUGGAUUAAAAUCCUGCAGCGCACGCAAGGUCCCCCUGCUCAAGCCAGCGCAUGUCCAGGCCCGUCUGAAGGUUGCCAAUGACCAUCUGGAUGAUCCAGAGGAGGAAUAAGAGAAGGUCAUGUGGUCUGAUGAGACAAAAAUAGAGCUUUUUGUUCUAAACUCCACUCGCCGUGUUUGGAGGAAGAAGAAGGAUGAGUACAACCCCAAGAACGACCAUCCCAACCGUGAAGCAUGGAGGUGGAAACAUCAUUCUUUGGGGAUGCUUUUCUGCAAAGGGGACAGUACGACUGCACCGUAUUGAGGGGAGGAUGGAUGGGGCCAUGUAUCGCGAGAUCUUGGCCAACAACCUCCUUCCCUCAGUAAGAGCAUUGAAGAUGGGUCGUGGCUGGGUCUUCCAGCAUGACAACGACCCGAAACACACAGCCAGGGCAACUAAGGCGUGGCUCCGUAAGAAGCAUCUCAAGGUCUUGGAUUGGCCUAGCCAGUCUCCAGACCUGAACCCAAUAGAAAAUCUUUGGAGGGUGCUGAAAGUCCGUUUUGCCCAGGAUCUGGAGAAGGUCUGUAUGGAGGAGUGGGCCAAAAUCCCUGCUGCAGUGUGUGCAAACCGGGUCAAGACCUACAGGAAACGUAUGAUCUCUGUAAUUGCAAACAAAGGUUUCUGUACCAAAUAUUAAGUUCUGCUUUUCUGAUGUAUCAAAUACUUUUACUAAUUACUUAAAAAUCAUACAAUGUGAUUUUCUGGAUUUUUGUUUUAGAUUCCGUCUCACAGUUGAAGUGUACCUAUGAUAAAAAUUACAGACCUCUACAUGCUUUGUAAAGUAGGAAAACCUGCAAAAUCGGCAGUGUAUCAAAUACUUGUUCUCCCACUGUAUAUACAAAAAAGUAUUUAGUCAGCCACCAAUUGUGCAAGUUCUCCCACUUAAAAAGAUGAGGCCUGUAAUUUUCAUCAUAGGUACAUGUCAACUAUGACAGACAAAAUGAGAGAAAAAAAUCCAGAAAAUCACAUUGUAGGAUUUUUUAUGAAUUUAUUUGCAAAUUAUGGUGGAAAAUUAGUAUUUGGUCAAUAACAAAAGUUUCUCAAUACUUUGUUAUAUACCCUUUGUUGGCAAUGACACAGGUCAAACGGUUUCUGUAAGUCUUCACAAGGUUUUCACACACUGUUGCUGGUAUUUUGGCCCAUUCCUCCAUGCAGAUCUCCUCUAGAGCAGUGAUGUUUUGGGGCUGUCGCUGGGCAACACGGACUUUCAACUCCCUCCAAAGAUUUUCUAUGGGGUUGAGAUCUGGAGACUGGCUAGGCCACUCCAGGACCUUGAAAUGCUUCUUACGAAGCCACUCCUUCGUUGCCCGGGCGGUGUGUUUGGGAUCAUUGUCAUGCUGAAAGACCCAGCCACGUUUCAUCUUCAAUGCCCUUGCUGAUGGAAGGAGGUUUUCACUCAAAAUCUCACGAUACAUGGCCCCAUUCAUUCUUUCCUUUACACGGAUCAGUCGUCCUGGUCCCUUUGCAGAAAAACAGCCCCAAAGCAUGAUAUUUCCACCCCCAUGCUUCACAGUAGGUAUGGUGUUCUUUGGAUGCAACUCAGCAUUCUUUGUCCUCCAAACACGACGAGUUGAGUUUUUACCAAAAAGUUAUAUUUUGGUUUCAUCUGACCAUAUGACAUUCUCCCAAUCCUCUUCUGGAUCAUCCAAAUGCACUCUAGCAAACUUCAGACGGGCCUGGACAUGUACUGGCUUAAGCAGGGGGACACGUCUUAUUUGAGUCCCUGGCGGCGUAGUGUGUUAUUGAUGGUAGGCUUUGUUACUUUGGUCCCAGCUCUCUGCAGGUCAUUCACUAGGUCCCCCCGUGUGGUUCUGGGAUUUUUGCUCACCGUUCUUGUGAUCAUUUUGACCCCACGGGGUGAGAUCUUGCGUGGAGCCCUAGAUCAAGGGAGAUUAUCAGUGGUCUUGUAUGUCUUCCAUUUCCUAAUAAUUGCUCCCACAGUUGAUUUCUUCAAACCAAGCUGCUUACCUAUUGCAGAUUCAGUCUUCCCAGCCUGGUGGAGGUCUACAAUUUUGUUUCUGGUGUCCUUUGACAGCUCUUUGGUCUUGGCCAUAGUGGAGUUUGGAGUGUGACUGUCUGAGGUUGUGGACAGGCGUCUUUUAUACUGAUAACAAGUUCAAACAGGUGCCAUUAAUACAGGUAACGAGUGGAGGACAGAGGAGCCUCUUAAUGAAGAAGUUACAGGUCUGUGAGAGCCAGAAAUCUUGCUUGUUUGUAGGUGACCAAAUUCUUAUUUUCCACCAUAAUUUGCAAAUCCUACAAUGUGAUUUUCUGGAUUAUUUUUUCUCAUUUUGUCUGUCAUAGUUGACGUGUACCUAUGAUGAAAAUUACAGGCCUCUCUCAUCUUUUUAAGUGUGAGAACUUGCACAAUUGGUGGCUGACUAAAUACUUUUUUCCCCCCACUGUAUGUAUAUGUGUGUGUAAAGGGCGGCAGGUAGCUUAGUGGUUAAGAGCGUAGUGCCAGUAACCGAAAUGUCGCUGGUUCUAAUCCCCGAGCCGACUACGUGAAAAAUCUGUCGAUGUGCCCUUGAGCAAGGCACUUAACCCUAAUUCCUCCUGUAAGUUGCUCUGGAUAAGAGCGUCUGCUAAAUGACUAAAAUGUAAAUGUAUAUGUGUGUAUAUGGACACACCUACUCAUUCAAGGGUUUUUCUUUAUAUUUACUAUUUUCUACAUUGUAGAAUAAUAGUGAAGACAUUAAAACUAUGAAAUAACAUAUGGCAUCAUGUAGUAACCAGAAAAGUGUUAAACAAAUCAAAGUUUCUUCAAAGUAGCCACCCUUUGCCUUGAUGACAGCUUUGCACACUCUUGGCAUUCUUUCAACCAGCUUCAUGAGGUAGUCACCUGGAAUGCAUUUCAAUUAACAGGUGUGCCUUCUUAAAAGUUAAUUUGUGGAAUUUCUUUCCUUCUUAAUGCGUUUGAACCAAUCAGUUGUGUUGUGACAAGGUAUACAGAAGAUAGCCCUAUUUGGUAAAAGACCAAGUCCAUAUUAUGGCAAGAACAGCUCAAAUAAGCAAAGAGAAACGACAGUCCAUCAUUACUUUAAGACAUGAAGGUCAGUCAAUACGGAACAUUUCAAGAACUUUGAACGUUUCUUCAAGUGCAGUCGCAAAAACCAUCAAGCGCUAUGAUGAAACUGGCUCUCAUGAGGACCGCCACUGGAAGUUCAUUAGAGUUACCAGCCUCAGAAAAUGCUGUGGUAGCCAUGCUGGUUAAGUGUGCCUUGAAUUCUAAAUAAAUCACAGACCGUGUCACCAGCAUAGCACCCCCAACACCAUAACACUUACUCCUCCAUGCUUUACGGUGGGAAAUACACAUGCGGAGAUCAUCCGUACACCCACACCGCGUCUCACAAAGACACGGGUUGGAACCAAAAAUCUCCAAUUUGGACUAAAUGACACAUUUCCACCGGUCUAAUGUCCAUUGCUCCUGUUUAUUGGUCCAUGCAGGUAUCUUCUUCUUAUUGGUGACCUUUAGUAUUGGUUUCUUUGCAGCAAUUCUACCAUAAAGGCCUGAUUCACACAGUUCCCACUGAACAGUUGAUGUUGAGAUGUGUCUGUGACUUGAACUCUCUGAACCAUUUAUUUGGGCUGCAAUUUCUGAGACUGGUAACUCUAAUGAACUUAUCCUCUGCAGCAGAGGUAACUCUGGGUCUUCCAUUCCUGUGGCGGACCUCAUGAGAGCCAGUUUCAUCAUAGCGCUUGAUGGUUUUUGCGACUGCACUUGAAGAAACUUUGAAAGUUCUUGAAAUGUUCCGUAUUGACUGACCUUCAUGUCUUAAAGUAAUGAUGGACUGUCGUUUCUCUUUGCAUAUUUCAGCUGUUCUUGCCAUAAUAUGGACUUGGUCUUUUACCAAAUAAGGCUAUCUUCUGUAUACCACCCCUACCUUGUCACAACACAACUGAUUGGCUCAAAUGCAUUAAGAAGGAAAGAAAUUCCACAAAUUAACUUUUAAGAAGGCACAACUGUUAAUUGAAAUGCAUUACAGGUGACUACCUCAUGAAGCUGGUUGAGAGAAUGCCAAGAGUGUGCAAAGCUGUCAUCAAGGCAAAUGGUGGCUAUUUCAAGAAUCUCAAAUAUAAACUAUAUUUUAAUUAUUUUAACACUUUUUUGGUUACUACAUGAUUCCAUAUGUUAUUUCAUAGUUUUAAUGUCUUCACUAUUAUUCUACAAUGUAAAAAUAAAGAAAAACCCUUGAGUAGGUGUCUCCAAACUUUUAAUAAUAUAAUAAUAAUAUAAUAUGCCAUUUAGCAGACGCUUUUAUCCAAAGCGACUUACAGUCAUGCGUGCAUACAUUUUUUUUUGUGUAUGGGUGGUCCCGGGGAUCGAACCCACUACCUUGGCGUUACAAGCGCCGUGCUCUACCAGCUGAGCUACAGAGGACCACUUUUUGACUGGUAGUGUGUGUAUAUAUAUAUUUUAACUUGAAAUCUACUAAAAUUCUUGUAGUUUAAUGGUAAUAUACCCUCCCUUUGCAACCCAAUGCUGUGCAGAUAGAGUUCCUUAACCAAUUUUAUUUUUGGUACUUUUUUUCUACAGUUGGAAGAGGUGAUGGAGACUGAAACCUACAAAAAUGCCAAGUUAAUUCUUGAGAGGUUUGAUCCUGAAGCAAAUAAAAAAGUGGCAAGUACAGUGUCUGUUUUUAAAGAAAACGAAUCAAUUAUUUCUUCUGCUAUUUCUUUCAAUUAUGAAUUGAUCUGAGAUUGUUAUUUAAUUUUUAAAGGAAAUGGAAUUCACGCCAGUCAGGCCAGGUCAGAUGACUCCUAGAACGGGCCAAGGUAAAGGCAUCCUCUCUACAUUAGUUGUGUUUCUGUAUCGAAGCAUAAAACCAGAGAUUGAGAAACUAUAAAUGUCUUACUUUCCUUUUGAUUGCUACCACAUAAUUCCUGUGGUUGACUAGGUUACAUAGAAUGUAUCUGUUCAUGUGCUCACGGUGUGAGCCUGAGCCAACAGUCCUGUAGAAUUUUUUAUUUUUAAUGAUUUUUUAAAAACCUUUAUUUAACUAGGCAAGUCAGUUAAGAACAAAUUCUUAUUUACAAUGACGGCCUACACCGGCCAAACCUGGACGACGCUGGGCCAAUUGUGCGCCGCCCUAUGGGACUCCCAAUCACGGUCGGUUGUGAUACUGCCUGGAAUCGAUCCAGGGGGUCUGUAGUGACGCCUCAAGCACUGAGAUGCAGUGCCUUAGACCGCUGCGCCACUUCAGGAGAGCAGUCGCACACUUCCCUUUCUCUACCUUUUAGACUAUGAACAAAUACGUUUACCAUAAUGGAGUGAACACUUGUGCGAAAAGUUGUUUAUUCAAUGCCCCUUGGGGACUUCAGUUCAAUCAAUGGGGUCGGCAGGUAUUCUUGAUGUUAUGCUGCAGGGUUGGGCAAACUACGAAAUUACUGCCCUUUUUCUGGCCCAGAAAUAAAUUGACAAACAAAUCGGUCAACAACAAAAUAAUCUGCGUGGCCCUCUGUUGAUUUUAUCGAAAUCCCGAUGUGGCCCUCGAGCAAAAAAGUUGCCCACCCCUGCACUAGUGUAUACACACUUAUGUUAUACUGGGAAAUUGUGUUUCCAUAGCUAGUGCUGACAGUGAGGACUUGUGAAGUGCAGAAUCAACAACCUCUGCAUAAUCAAAACAGUUGCUUUGUGAGAAGGUGUAAAAGUUCAGUUGCUUUGUGAGAAGGUGUAAAAGUUCACAGAUAGCCAGUGUUAUGCAAAUGCCAGCUGAAAAGUACCAGUGGCCUGGCUUUGGCCCCAAGUGAGAGCAGGUCCACCGGAGCCAUGGCCCAGUGAGACACGGGUGCCGGUCCACGUAGAUGGAAACAAAAAAGCCUGAGCCUUUUGGGUAAAACACUGGGGUAAAUCUUGUAUGGAAAUGUGCCGUUAGAGAUGGGCUAGCAAUCGGAAUGUUGCCGUUUUGAAUCCCUAAUCAGACAGGAAAAAUCUGGCAUAAUGUGAGCCGGCAACCAAGGGUUGCUGGUGUCAAAUCCUAGAUGCCAUCUCUUGCCGUUGAGUACGGCAAGAACUCUGAGAACCAGUUGUGUAGUGUCCCCCAUUUGAGAAAGAAUACCUUUUCUACAUGUCCCUCUUCUUCAGAACUCCGUCAACGCAACAUAGCCAUGAGGCCCCCUGUCAUGGGAACUCCCAUGACCCCCCCUCCUGGUGUCUGCCUCCCCAUGGGCGCUGUAGCCACACCUACUGGUCCCCUUCCUCACUCGGCCCCAGGAGGACCCCCGGAUAGAGGCCUGUCUGCUGCGGUCGCCCAGCAGACCAUGAUGAGGAGACCCCCUAUGACCCCCUGUACCCCUAUCCCAGGAAUGGGUGAGUAAAGCUCUAAUAGGAUAGUUAGUAAACUGUAGGCUGCUUUGGCCAGAAUUGUACAAACAUUCUAUAGCGCUUUGAGGUCCACCUAUAUCAGGGCCUACCAAACUUUUGUGGCCCACGACCCUAUUUUGAUAUCAGAAACUUCUAGGUGACCCCACCAUGUGAAAAAAUGCUAUGUAAUCAAUAGCAAGUUCAGUCUGACAGUAUUUCUAGACAGUAUUUCAAUCAGGGAAGAUCAUCAGGCAAUAAUUGUGUAUGAUCUUAUGUGUAGAAAAUAACUAUCAUUGCUUGAAUAGAUUUGUCUACACUGCCUUGCACAGUUUUCACAUUUUGCUGCCUUAAAUUUCAAUCUAAAAAGGGAUUAAACUGAUCUACACAAUCUACUCAACAUUUUCCAAGUUAAACUAAUUUCCUGAUGGCUCACUGCUCUUUGUACUGGGUGACGUCAACCUCCCGACGUCUGCCUUCGAUUAAUUUCUUUCCAACUGUUUCUUUCCCCUCCUUGCCUCUUUUGACCUCACCCUUUCCCAGUCCCCUCCCACUCACAAAGCAGGCAAUACGCUUGACCUCAUCUUUACUAGAGGCUGUUUGCACACUAAUCUCACUGCAAUCCCCUCCAGGUCUCUGAUCACUACUUUGUUUCAUUUUCUGUCUCCCUCUCCUCCAACCCUAGCCACUCAGCCCCUACCCAGAUGGUCAUGCGACGUCGCAAUCUUCACUCUUUCUCCCGCUACUCUCUCUUCUUCGAUCUUAUCAUCUCUCUCUUCUGCUAAAUCCUUCUCCCUCCGGUCUCCUGAUUCUGCCUCUUCGACCCUACUUUCCUCCCUUUCCGCAUCCUAUGACUCGCACUGUCUCCUUUCCUCCCAGCCUGCUCGGCCCUCCCCUCCUGCUCCGUGGCUGAGUGACUCAUUGUGAGUUUACAGAAUAGGGCUGCGGGCAGCUGAGCGACAAUGGAGGAAAACUAAACUUCCGGAGGACCUAUCAUCCUUUCACUUCCUCCUCUCUAACUUCUCUUCCUCUGUAUCUGCUGCUUUAGUCACUUUCUAUCACUCUACAUUUCAAGCUUCUGCCUCUAACCCUAGGAAACUAUUUUCCACCUUUUACUCCCUCCUUAAUCCGCAACCUCCUUACUCUCCCUCCUCCCUCUCUCUCCUCCCUCUCUGUGGAUGACUUUGCCAGCCACUUUGACAAGAAGGUUGACGACAUCCGCUCCUCAUUCGCUAAGCCUAUUGAGUCCACUGGUCCCACUCACUAUAUUUUGUCAGCUGGUGAUUGUCAAGCAAAUAACUGCUGGUCUCACAGUAAUUGACCGUUAAUUAACAUAAACACAUUUAGCAUCUCCUGGCUUCCACGCAUAGCCUACAAGCCACUGAUGCAGACCUUUGGAACAUCUACAUUUAAAAAAGUGUAAUAAAUCCAUGUACACCAAAUCCUACACCAUCACAAUAAAUCCAUUAUUUAUUUUAGACAGGUCUAAAGAAACAUGAUAUGAAGAAAAUGUAGUCUAUUUCAGAAGAACAGAAUAGCAUACUCUGAGUUGUCCUUAUGUUAGGUCCUGAUCUAGCUAUGUCAUAUGGCUGUGGGCUACAGUAGUUCAUUUAGCAGACAACAUUUGCUUAGAAUUCCGUGGUAUUAUUUUAUAGUAUGAAGAAUACAAUUGAACAUGCAUUUGGAAAGUAUUCAAACCCCUUCACUUUUUCCACAUUGUGUUACUUUACAGCCUUUUUUCUAACAUGGAUUAAAUGUAAAAAAAAAAAGCGUCACGUCAAUCUACACACAAUGCCCCAUAAUGACAAAGCAAAAACGGGAUUUUAGAAAUUUUUGCAAAUUUAUUCAAAAUAAAAAAACGAUCACAUUUAAAUAAGUAUUCAAAAGGCUCAUAAAGGACUCUCAGACCAUGAGAAACAAGAUUCUCUGGUCUGAUGAAACCAAGAUUGAACUCUUUGGCCUGAACGCCAAGCGUCACGUCAAUCUACACACAAUACCCCAUAAUGACAAAGCAAAAACAGGAUUUUAGAAAUUUUUGCAAAUUUAUUAAAAAUAAAAAACGAUCACAUUUAAAUAAGUAUUCAGACCAUUUACUCAGUACUUUGUUGAAGCACCUUUGGCAAUGAUUACAGCCUCGAGUCUUCUUGGGUAUGACGCUACAAGCUUGGAACACCUAUAUUUAUGGAAGAACCCAAUGGUCACUCUGACAAGCUCCUGAGUUCCUCUCUGCAGCAAUCCAUCAAUCAGGCCUUUAUGGUAGAGUGGCCAGACGGAAGCACAUGACAGCCCACUUGGAGUUUGCCAAAAGGCUCCUAAAGGACUCUCAGACCAUGAGAAACAAGAUUCUCUGGUCUGAUGAAAUCAAGAUUGAAAUCUUUGGCCUGAACGCCAAGCGUCACGUCUGGAGGAAAUUAGUCACCGCUCAUCACCUGGCCAAUACCAUCCCUACGGUGAAGCAUGGUGGUGGCAGCAUCAUGCUGUGGGGAUGUUUUUCAGCGGCAGGGACAGGGAGACUAUUCAGGAUCAAGGGAAAGAUGAACGGAGCAAAGUACAGAGAGAUCCUUGAUGAAAACCUGCUCCAGAGUGCUCAGGACCUCGAGACUGUGGCAAAGGUUCACCUUCCAACAGGACAACGACCCUAAGCACACAGCCAAGACAACACAGGACAAGUCUCUGAAUGUCCUUGAGUGGCCCAGCCAGAGCCCGAACUUGAACCCGAUCUAACAUUUUUGGAGAGACCUGAAAAUAGCUGUGCAGUGACACUCCCCAUCCAGCCUGAUCUGCAGAGUAGAAUGGGAGAAACUCCCCUAAUACAGGUGUGCCAAUCUUGUAGCGUAAUCCCCAAGAAGACUCGAGGCUGUAAUCGCUGCCGAAGGUGCUUCAACAAAGUACUGAGUAAAGGGUCUGAUUACUUACAGUACCAGUCAAAAGUUUGGACACACCUACUCAUUCAAGGGUUUUUCUUCAUUUUUACUAUUGUCUACAUUGUAGAAUAAUAGUGAAGACAUCAAAACUAUGAAAUAACACAGAUGGAAUCAUGUAGUAACCAAAAAAGUGUUAAACAAAUCAAAAUAUAUUUUAUAUUUGAGAUUCUUCAAAUAGCCACCCUUUGCCUUGAUGACAGCUUUGCACACUCUUGGCAUUCUCUCAACCAGCUUCAUGGGGUAGUCACCUGGAAUGCAUUUCAAUUAACUGGUGUGCCUUCUUAAAAGUUCAUUUGUGGAAUUUCUUUCCUUCUUAAUGCAUUUGAGCCAAUCCGUUGUGUUGUGACAAGGUAGGGGUGGUAUACAGAAGAUAGCCUUAUUUGGUAAAAGACCAAGUCCAUAUUAUGGCAAGAACAGCUCAAAUAAGCAAAGAGAAAUGACAGUCGAUCAUUACUUAAAGACAUGAAGGUCAGUCAAUCUGGAAAAUGUGGCCGAGCUGAUGGGAUCCUCCUCUUUUUAAUAGAGGCCAUCAAAACUCUGUUUUCUCAAGCAAUUGCAUAGCCUAUAGAAAUGUUGUGCAACAUGAGCUCAUGGGUUCUCAUUAAGUGUUCGAUUAGAUUUCCAAUACAUUCGCAUUGAUGUCAGAGGGAUUUAGAGGGACAAUAGAGUGACAGAGUGCUGAGUACCAGGCAGUUUGCAAGUUUGGUAGGCUACUAAUGAUUAUCUGCAGCAUCAGAGCUUAAAGAAGCCUAAUUACCAUAACUAAACGGUCACAUGGAAUUUGACUGCCGUCAUGACUCUUGACUGCUGGUGUGGCAGUAAUACGGUCACCGUAACAGCCCUAGUCCCCCUAAGCUAUCUUAAGAUGAAUGCCCUAACUGUAAGUCGCUCUGGAUAAGAGCGUUGGCUAAAUGAUAAAAUGUAAAUGUAUGAAAUUAAUUAAAAUUAAACCACAAAGAAGUCUUGAUUGCGAAGGUCUUUACACCCCUUGCUGUGGCACUGGCACAUCUAAAUAAGUUUGGGAUGUAAUAUUUUCAUACAAAAUCAACAAUUUUGGGGGAUGAGGUCCAUUUGUUUGCAAAAGUAGUGGUGCUCAUGAUUUAAGAACAACUUAACCGCUAGGUAGCCAAACGGUUAAGAACGUUGGGCCAGUAACCAAAAAGGUUGGUGGUUCGAAUCUCCGAGCCGAUUAGGUGAAAAAUCUGUCGGUGCCCUUAAGCAAGGCACUUAACCCUAAUUGCUCCUGUAAGUCGCUCUGGAUAAGAGCGUAUGCUAAAUGACAAAAAUAUAUAAAUAAAUUCCCCUGUCUCUGCAAGGUCACUCAAUUUGAUAGUGAAUGUCAAACAAUGAUUCAACCUCAGAGCCACCAAUUAGCUUUUAAAGCAUGUCUGGGAUACAUUUUCAGACCAGCAUAGGUUGAGAAAUAAUUGCAACAACGCCGUUAAGUAGUACUGCAAGACUGUUUGCCAUGUUGUCUUGCAGUAUUACUCAAAUUAACUUUUUGGCCUAUACUAACAACUUCAGGUUUGGGUCAAAUCCAAUACAACAUCACUGAGUGAAACCCUCCGUAAUUUCCAGUAUUGUGGUGGAAUAAUCAUGUUAUGGAUAUGCUUGUCACUGGCAGGGACUUAGUUUGUCAGUAUCAAAUGAAAUAUUAAAGUAGCAAAGCCCAGGUAAAAAGUUAGUGGAAAACCUGCCUCAGUCCUCUGAAUACCUUACCCUGGGAUAGAGUUUUAUUUUUCAGCGGGACAAUUGCAAAAAUUGUAAUGCCACAGACACACCAGAAUGGGUUUCCAAGAGGUGUUGAGUGUUCCUGAGUGGUCCAGUCUCAGUCCUGACUUAAAUCUGCUUGAUAAUCAGAGACAAGGUUUGGAAAUCGCUGUCCAUCGAUGGUUCCCAAUCAAACCAGUUUUAGCAAUUUUGACAAAAAUAAUGGUUUUGUUACCCUAAGAGUUGUGCAAAGUUUGAUAGAAUUAUUCAAAAUGAUUCACAGCUGUAAUUGCUGCUAAAGGUGCUUACACCAAGUAUUAACUCUGACAUCUUCAUUUUUUAUUAAUUUAGAAAAGGUUCUAUAAUUUCUUUCACUUUCAAAAUUUGGAGUAGGUUGUGUGGCUCAUUAUGUGGGGGAAAACACAAAUGUAAAUUACUUUUUGGGAUUUUAAUUUGAAGGCAGCAAAAUUUAAAAACUGUGUGUAGACUUUCACUAGGCUCUGUGUGUAGCCCUCCAAGCUGCUUAUUGGUUGUUAAUGGUUUCCUGUGUAGAUUAUUAAAAUAGUUGAUCUUAUUUUCCAUAGCCAAUACUUUAUUAUGUAACCAAAAUCUAAAUGCCAUAUUAUGCACUAAACAAGUGUGAUUUACAUUCUUACCUUAUUUCAAGGGGAACCUGUUAAAAACCAGCCUGUUGUAGUUUUUUAAAGGCUGUUGUAUUAAAAUGUGUAGAAACUAAACUAAGCACUAAUUGUCACUGUGUUCCUAUGAUGUCAUUGAAUGAUGUGCUAUAAUUUAAUGUUAGGUAUGCACCCCCCAGGCCCACCCCUGGCCAGACCCGUCUUACCUCGAGACAGAGGUGCUGUGGACAGAGUCAUCGAAUACCUUGUGGGAGAUGGCCCUCAGAACAGGUCUGUACUUCCGUCCAGAGAGGCUCCCUUCUUAAAUAAGCAUUUCCAAUUACCUCUUUACUGAUGUGCUUCGUAGAGUACUAUGCCUACAGUGAGCAGAUGAUCGUAUUCUCUCUGGUUGGCCUCACUAUUUUGUGCUCAUCAGUUGUGACGGUUACUGUAACAUACAGUUUUAAAUGGCAGACCUUUACUAGAGUUCUCCUUUUAACAGUUUUGCAUCUAGGCAACUUCAAGGUUAAUCUCUUCUCAAUGAUAUUUAUGCUCUUUUAUCCCCAGGUAUGCCCUUAUAUGCCAGCAGUGCUUCUCCCAUAAUGGCAUGGCAUUAAAAGAGGAAUUUGAAUAUAUUGGUAAGAUUUUGAGAAACACUGCUUCCUGUCACUACCCUACAAACACUGCAUUAACUUUGCCCGUCGGUGCUUGGCAGCCAGCUUUGUAUUUAUUAUGGAUCCCGAUUAGCUCUUCCUGGGGUCUUGCAAAAUGUAAGGCAGUUAUACAAUUAAAAACAUUACAAUACAUUCAUAUCAGAUUUUUAAAUCAGAUUCUACUACUUGCAUCAGUUACCUGAUGUGGAAUAGGAAUAGAGUUCCAUGUAGUCAUGGCUCUAUGUAGUACUGUGCGCCUCCCAUAGUCUGUUCUGGACUUGGGGACUGUGAAGAGACCUCUGGUGGCAUGUCUUGUGGGGUAUGCAUGGGUGUCUGAGCUGUGUGCUAGUCGUUUAAACAGACCGCUCGGUGCUUUCAACAGGUCAAUACCUCUCACAAAUACUAGUAGUGAUGAAGUCCAUCUCUCCUCCACUUUGAGGUUGACAUGCAUAUUAUUAAUGUUAGCUCUCUGUGUACAUCCAAGGGCCAGCCGUGCUGCCCUGUUCUGAGCCAAUUGCAAUUUUCCCAAGUCCCUUUUUGUGGCACCUGACGACACGACUGAACAGUAGUCCAGGUGCGACAAAACUAGGGCCUGUAGGACCUGCCUUGUUGAUAGUGCUGUUAACAAGGUAGAGUAGCACUUUUUUAUGGACAGACUUCUCCCCAUCUUAGCUAUUGUUGUAUCAAUAUGUUUUGACCAUGACAGUUUACAAUCCAGGGUUACUCCAAGCAGCUUAGUCACCUCAACUUGCUCAAUUUCCACAUUAUUUAUUACAAGAUUUAGUUGAGGUUUAGUGAAUGAUUUGUCCCAAAUACAAUGCUUUUAGUUGUUGAAAUAUUUAGGACUAACUUAUUCCUUCCCACCCAUUAUGAAACUAACUGCAGCUCUUUGUUAAGUGUUGCAGUCAUUUCGGUCGCUGUAGUAGCUGACGUGUAUAGUGUUGAGUCAUCCGCAUACAUAGACACACUGGCUUUACUCAAAGCCAGUGGCAUGUCGUUAGUAAAGAUUGAAAAAAGUAAGGGGCCUAGACAGCUGCCCUGGGAAUUCCUGAUUCUACCUGGAUUUUGUUGGAGAGGCUUCCAUUAAAGAACACCCUCAGUGUUCUGUUAGACAGGUAACUCUUUAUCCACAAUAUAGCCAUAACACAUACAGUGGGGAGAACAAGUAUUUGAUACACUGCCGAUUAUGCAGGUUUUCCUACUUACAAAGCUUGUAGAGGUCUGUAAUUUUUAUCAUAGGUACACUUCAACUGUGAGAGACGGAAUCUAAAACAAAAAUCCAGAAAAUCACAUUGUUUGAUUUUUAAGUAAUUAAUUUGCAUUUUAUUGCAUGACAUAAGUAUUUGAUCACCUACCAACCAGUAAGAAUUCCGGCUCUCACAGACCUGGUAGUUUUUCUUUAAGAAGCCCUCCUGUUCUCCACUCAUUACCUGUAUUAACUGCACCUGUUUGAACUCGUUAUCUGUAUAAAAGACACCUGUCCACACACUCAAUCAAACAGACUCCAACCUCUCCACAAUGGCCAAGACCAGAGAGCUGUGUAAGGACAUCAGGGAUACAAUUGUAGACCUGCACAAGGCUGGGAUGGGCUACAGAACAAUAGGCAAGCAGCUUGGUGAGAAGGCAACAACUGUUGGCGCAAUUAUUAGAAAAUGGAAGAAGUUCAAGAUGACGGUCAAUCACCCUCGGUCUGGGGCUCCAUGCAAGAUCUCACCUUGUGGGGCAUCAAUGAUCAUGAGGAAGGUGAGGGAUCAGCCCAGAACUACACGGUAGGACCUGGUCAAUGACCUGAAGAGAGCUGGGACCACAGUCUCAAAGAAAACCAUUAGUAACACACUACGCCGUUAUGGAUUAAAAUCCUGCAGCGGACGCAAGGUCCCCCUGCUCAAUCCAGCGCAUGUCCAGGCCCGUCUGAAGUUUGCCAAUGACCAUCUGGAUGAUCCAGAGGAGGAAUGGGAGAAGGUCAUGUGGUCUGAUGAGACAAAAAUAGAGCUUUUUGGUCUAAACUCCACUCGCCGUGUUUGGAGGAAGAAGAAGGAUGAGUACAACCCCAAGAACACCAUCCCAACCGUGAAGCAUGGAGGUGAAAACAUCAUUCUUUGGGGAUGCUUUUCUGCAAAGGGGACAGGACGGCUGCACCGUAUUGAGGGGAGGAUGGAUGGGGCCAUGUAUCGCGAGAUCUUGGCCAACAACCUCCUUCCCUCAAUAAUUGCAUUGAAGAUGGGUCGUGGCUGGGUCUUCCAGCAUGACAACGACCCGAAACACACAGCCAGGGCAACUAAGGAGUGGCUCCGUAAGAAGCAUCUCAAGGUCCUGGAGUGGCCUAGCCAGUCUCCAGACCUGAACCCAAUAGAAAAUCUUUGGAGGGAGCUGAAAGUCCGUAUUGCCCAGCGACAGCCCCAAAACCUGAAGGAUCUGGAGAAGGUUUGUAUGGAGGAGUGGGCUAAAAUCCCUGCUGCAGUGUGUGCAAACCUGGUCAACGUAUGAUCUCUGUAAUUGCAAACAAAGGUUUCUGUACCAAAUAUUAAGUUCUGCUUUUCUGAUGUAUCAAAUACUUAUGUCAUGCAAUAAAAUGCAAAUGAAUUACUUAAAAAUCAUACAAUGUGAUUUUCUGGAUUUUUGUUUUAGAUUCCGUCUCUCACAGUUGAAGUGUACCUAUGAUAAAAAAUUAUAGACCUCGACAUGCUUUGUAAGUAGGAAAACCUGCAAAAUCGGCAGUGUAUCAAAUACUUGUUCUCCCCACUGUACGUGUUUCCAGCAGCAGACUAUGAUCGAUAAUGUCAAAAGCCGCACUGAAGUCUAACAAAACAGCUCCCACAAACUUUGUAUCAUUAAUUUUUCUCAGCCAAUCAUCAUUCCUUUGUGUAAGUGCUGUGCUUGUUGAAUGUCCUUGGCAUAAGUUUUUCACAUAUGCUGGUGCAACCAACUUUUUGUAACCAAAGUAGCUCAAGCUAUGACAUUGAAAUAAGGGUAAUCCAUUGAGCAGAUUAUGCAUCUUCAACAGGUCUUAAAAAAAUUGUGGGGCAAUUGUUGAAGCACAUGGCACCUUCCCUUUAAAAUCAUUUUACUUACAUUAUGACCCUUUAGCUUUCAGGUGUGCUUACUGUUACGUCCUGAACCCUGCAAGGAAGACCCGACCUCAAGCACCAAGACUCCCAGAAUUUAGCUUUGAGCGGAGAAUGCGCUCGGAAUCACCCACCCCAGAAAAAUCAGCGGCAUCAGAGGCCACUGAUGAGAGCGCAACCCCCUCUGGAGGUAUAGUAACUAGAGUUACCGUUUGGAAAUGAACUAAUCAUAUGUAGCACUUGGCCAAAUCCAGGGGUCAAAAGAUCAGAGGAGUUAAGCGGACCCAAAUAUAUCAGUGUUGACAUUAAAGUUGUAUUUAUUUGAUUCAGGGCUCUAAAUUAACAGGUUCUAAAUUAACAGCACUGGUGCUCCCAACUUUAAAAAGUUAGUUUAAAUUUAGGAGCGCCAGAAAAUACGAUUAAAAAAAUCGAUUGAGGUAUAUCCUAUAUGAAUUCUAGCUACUUCUGAAGCACAUGUUGUGCCCUAGAAACUCAUAUGUAACCCUGUAAAUACAUGUUUAUUAUAAAAAGGUUAAAAUAUUGAUAGAAAUACCUGUCAUUGAAUUUAGUCAUUUGUGGAAUAUUAUGUAAUAGCACUAUUUUCCUGUUUUUACAUUUCUGUAAAACAUUUGUCAUUUAUCGGACGCUCAUCCAGAGUGAUUUAGUGCAUUAAUCUUAAGAUAUCUAGGUGGGACAACCACAUACAGUGCCUUCAGAAAGUAUUCACACCCCUUGACUUUUUCCACAUUUUGUUAUAUUAUAGCCUGAAUUUUAAAUAGAUUCAAUUGAGAUUUUGUGUCACUGGCCUACACACAAUACCCCAUAAUGUAAAAGUAGAAUUAUGUUUUUAGAAAUGUUUACUAAUUUAAAUAAAAAACAAAAAGCUGAAAUGUAUUGAGUCUUAAGUAUUCAACCCCUUUGUUAUGACAAACCUAGAUAUGUUCAGGAGUAAAAAUGUGCUUAAUAAGCCACAUGAUAAGUUGCAUGGACUCUCUGUGUGCAAUAAUAGUGUUUUAACAUGAUUUUUGAAUGACUACCUCAUCUCUGUACCCACACAUACAAUUAUCUGUAAGGUCCCUCUGUCGCAGUGAAUUUCAAACACAGAUUCAACCGCAAAGACCAUGCCUCGCAAAGAAGGGCACCUGUCGGUAGAUGGGUAAACAAAAAACAAGCAUUGAAUAUCCCUUUGAGCAUGGUGAAGUUAUUAAUUGCAUUUUGGAUGCUGUAUCAAUAUACCCAGUUACUACAAAGAUAUAGGCAUCCUUCCUAACUAAUUUGCCGGAGAGGAAGGAAACUGGUCAGGGAUUUCACAAUGAGUCCAAAGGUGACUUUAAGACAGUUACAGAGUUUAAUGGCUGUGAUGGGAGAGAACUUGAGGAUGGAUCAACAACAUUGUAGUUACUCCACAAUACUAACCUAAAUGACAGUGACCAACUUGGUUAGUCAUGAAUUCAUAAUCUUCAAGUCAUUAGAAUUACAUGGUAAAUGUAGCAUAGUGUUUUGCUAUAAACUCAAUGAUCAAUUAACCAUUUUUGUAUUUUUGUGCAUGUUUGUUUUAUAAUAUUUACCAUUGCUUUAUACAUUGUCUUUGAAUAGCUGAUCAAAGUGAAGACUGUGGUCCCAGUCAUGUGGCUACCAGGGUGCCCACUGUGUCUUUAGCAACUGCUUCAUGGAGUUCAGUGCACAGUUUCGCCAUUGUCCACCAUCACCACAAAGGUCCCAUCUUAUCCACAGCCUGGUGCUUUGCAUUCCCUUACAAAUAAUGAUUUUAGUCCUACCAAUCACUUACCCUGAUUAAAGGCUAUUUAAAUGAUGUGGCUUCUUGUGGCAUCUGGCCCCAUAAUCGUAUCACAAUCUUAAUAUGAUCAAGCAACUAACAACCAGAGUUGGGGUCAAUUUAUUUUUAAUUCAGGAAAUUAACUGAAAUUCCAGUUUUACCCUUCUGUCUGAUAUCACAGCUACACAUGGCAUGGCAUCACAAUGAUGUUGCUGCAUUAUUUCAUGUUGGACCAUUAAAAUGACCAUCAAUUGACCAUUAUACUGAUUCCACUCUUUUAACCCUGAGAGUUGUUGAUAAUUAACUUAAUUCUGGAGUAAUGUAAAGCUUCAGCGUUUGCAGAUCGGGUCAUUGGGUAUAAUAUUAACAGGCUGUGCAUGCUGCAAAUUAUUAUUGUUGUGUAAUUACACAAAGUUGUAGUGAUUAAAUGUUUUGACUGUUAAAAUUAUUUAACUCAUUCACUCACCCCCCCCACACACACUUCUUUCUCUGAUAUUUUAGUAAUGUUUGAUAGGCUGCUCUGACAGUUUGACAGUAAUAUUAUACAGUAAAUAUAUUAUAGUGGCUUAUGAAUGUGUGAUUUGUACAUAGUGGCUCAGAGGCAGAGAGAGAGUCCUGUUAUCAGAAACAAACAAGUGGUAGAUUGUAUUGUUGAUGUCUGUCUUCUGGUUGCAGAUGAGAAGGAGCUGGAGGCCCCUUCUGAUGAAGUGGAGCCCCAAGUUGAAAAGGCCCAGUCUACAGAGGAGACCCCAGACCCCAAUGUAGAGAAACCAGAGGCCGCAGAGACCGUACACACAGAAGAGGAGCCUGAGAGACCAGGAGAAAAGCAAGAAGUCCCCCAGUUGGAAACAGAGUAGAAAACAUUGAAUGCCCCCCUCCCACCCUCCCCUCCAUGUAUAUCAACUGACAUGGUGCAGUGUUUAAAAUCAUGUGGUACCCAGCUCCUGGAUUUACAUAAGCUGCUUGUAAUGCACAAUGUUUUAUGUAGAUGUUGUUUGGUAGUGAAAUAAUAAUCUAUUUUGCUUGGAGUUUACAUAUUAUAUACCUUUCCAGUCAAGUUGCAUUCAAACCCAUAUAGAGCAAGAAUUGACCACUUUUUUCUCUCUCUCACUUAAACCAUAACUUUGCGGGUGUGUAGAGAGCCUUUCUUACAUUGACUUUGAUUAUCAAAAUUACUGAUUUGGCAAAUCCACUUUUUUUUUUUAAAAGAUACGUUUGCCAAAUGCACUGGUCCUGUCUCGUUCCUGAUUUGCACUGAAUGUGUUAUUUAUUAGGCUACACAAUAAAUAGUUAAGACAUGUUUUUAAUUUACUUACAGCAGUUCUGUUGUGCCUUGCUAUGGAAAUAUUGAAAUGUGUCCGCUCAUAAGCCUAGUUUGUAAACAAAAGUUUUGCCUACAGAGUGAGAAUAGAAUGAAUUUGAAGAUACUUUUAUUCUGGCUAAGAAAUAAAUAAAAAUGUCAUUUUGUGUUGGAGCUUAAUUUGUAUGUCAGGUUUUCGGCACAUUGUCGAACUUUGUAGACUCUUAUUAAAUCUCAUGUGCAAGCAUUGCCAUCAUAUGUGAAAUAAUAUAGACUUCAUAAAUAAGAUCUCACCAAUAAUGGGAUUAACAGAAUACGGUAUUUUGGCACAUUAGAUGUCGGGAGUCUAUAUACCAGCAUUCCCCAUGCUGGCAGCCCUAGCUCACUAUUUGAGAGACCGAGAUACUAACAAAUACCCACCAACAAACUUUAUUCUAGAGCUGGCUGAAUAUGUUUUGAUGUAUACAUAAUUCAGGUUUGAUGAUGAAUACUACCUCCAAACAAAAGGAGCAUCGAUGAGCUCCACAUUCGCUCCAAGCUAUGCUAACCUUGAUGUGGGUCAUUUUGAAGAACGUUUUGUUAACAAUGAAAAUCCAUUUUUGAAUAAAAUCCUGAAGUGGUAUCGAUAUAUUGACGACAUUUUUUGCAUAUGGGGAGGAACGGGAGAAGAGC